AUGCCUGGAUAUGAGUUAUCUUCCGCGGACCGAUUAGUAAUCGACAAAAAAAAAUUAUGCCCUAAAUGUGAGGGCCUUCUUAGAGAAGCUGUGCAAACAAUAGCAUGUGGUCAUAGGUACUGCAAAACAUGCGUGGAAACGAUUCUUUGGUAAGUACGUCGUGUGCGUCGUCAUGUCCUAGACAGCUGAAAUAUCCUUAGCCUACCUCUUAAAGUAAGUAGUUAACUGAAGACAAAAGCUGAUAAAUGACUGGUAUAAUGCGAAUAGCUACGAUCGCUGUCGAUAACUGCGUGGCUAAUGUGGUGCAGAUAAAUGGUAACUGUACUUCAAGCCCCUGGUUGUUCAAAAAGGUGGAUAAUGCUAUCCACUGGAUAAAUCACUUUCCAGUGGAGAAAGCAUUACGUUUCUCUAUUACUUAUCCAGUGGACAGUGAUCUAUCCGGUGGAUAGCGUUAUCCAACGUUUGAUGAACUGGGACAGAUGAUAAUAAAUUUACUACAGUUAACUGGCAAACAAAAAUCAGAUAAAUACCCGAUAAUCAUGUAUUCUUCGUAUUACUGGUUGAUACACAUUGAUCCCUGUCCCUAAAUUUGCAGGCAAGAAGUUGGAAAGUGCAUCAUCGAUGGAUCAGAUAUUCAUAGAGAACAGGUUUGCCUUUUUUUUCGAUUAAGAGAUUUAUCGUUAGUGAAACCUUCGGAAUACAUUCUAUAGCCUGGAUCCAAACAGGCGCUCUAUGAGCCAAGCGAGACGAAAGCCGCCUUUCUUGUGUGGUUAUUUUAGGGUCUGUUUACAUGGAGGUGCGGGACCCCAGAUAGGUGAGGUAACACGUGGCGGGUCACCCCACCUAUAGCGUAAACGUGAUAAAAUUAAUAUGAGAGAUUAUAUAGACAGGCGGGUUACCUCACCUACCUGGGGUCCCCCACCUCCAUGUAAACAGUCCCUUAGUCAGAGAGUCUUCGUACGUAGAGUCUUAGUACGUAUACCUUUUAUCGCGCGCCACCCGGUUCCGUGAUGCUGCAUCCUCAUGCAUCCCCCCGCUCACCCCCUCCCCCCAACCCAUUUUGAUCCAUUUCGAUAAUCUCAGUUGGAAGAGCGCUUGAAUUCUGAGCGGGAGGCCCCGGGCUCAAACCCCGACCGACCCGAACAACAACCCUCGGUUUGGGCGAUCCCAUCAUUGGGCGGUGACGUCCUUCUUUCUCACGUUAAUUCGAAGGCGACGCAAAACCAUUCUCUUGUUCGAAAAGGGUAAAGAAAGUCUCUCCGUUGAUAUGGUCCACCUUUACUUCUACCAACACAUCACCAGCCACAAGUUACAUAUAUCAUACAUAAAUAGACCGAUACCAGACGCCAGUGGUGCCACUUUACGCUGACGUCCUAUUGUACUCUUAAUAGAAAGAUUUACAAUCACGUUUACCGCAGACUGCUAAACGUCAAUUUGAACCACGUGACCAAGAUUUAUUCUUAACAUGUCAUUUACACAUGAAAAAGGAGUUUCAUGUCAAGUUCAUGGAUCUAACUUGGAUCUAAGGUUUAAGUUUUGUGGUAAAAUUCAUUAUAAAUCCCUCUGUGAUAUAUUACCUAAAGAAGACACAAAAUGUUGUCUAAUCCGUCACCUUCGAAAAUAUUUGCCAACCUUUUCGUUUACUCUGCAUGAGUCAAGUAGUAACUGUUGUUUUUGAGUCUAAUGUAUGAUAGCAAUACUUUGUUUCGUAUCACUCUGCAGGUAUUUUUGGACCGCUUUGUUGAGCGUGAGAUACAGUCACUGUUGGUCCAUUGCAUUCAUCAAGAAGAAGGAUGUGAUUGGAAAGACGAGCUUAGAAAACGAGAGGUAACAACUAAGCUUCUACAUGAUGUUCAAAUAAGUCAUGAUGCACACUGAGAAGGGCGCUCCCAGUCGGGUUAAUCUUUGGCCGUGAAACACUGAAACAGGGUCACUCGUGAGGCAAAAAAUAUAUUUAAACAUUUUUAACGUACAUCCUGUCAUGAAAGUACCAAGAUUGCUUUAGAAGAUUUUUCGUCUUCUCUUGGGGCUAUUCAUUCUAUUAUGGUGCUUUAAUAGACCCUCUGUGAUGCCCAUGCUCGUAUCAGCUGGAUUAUCUGCGAAAUAUGUAGAGAUGUAGAUAUAAUAGACGAGAUAAAGAAGUUUUCAAUUAGACCGAGCGUGUAAGAACAUUAUCGGAGUAAUGAACAAUCUUCAAUUUGGCCAAAGAAGUUUAGGGCGCAUAAUUUAAUCCUCGUUUUGGAACAGGAAUGUUAUCAACGUGUGUCAGAAUAUUAUCAGAGUAAAGCGAUUUCAAAUUUGGCCUAAGUAGUAUAGUUCUUUUCCAACAUGCUAAUGAAGUCUCAGCCAAUACUGAAUAAGAGAAUACAAAACAAAAUUAUUGUAAUCGCGCGCGUCUUUCUUUUAUCGGUUUUGGCAACAAAACAUUUCCUUUAGUUCCAGUGAUCCUAGCUGGACAGUUGUCGAUUCUAAAACACAAUUCCUAGUGUAUUGUUUUAAAUUAUCGUUUAUAUUAUCUCGUUCAUUAUUGUCAUAAUUGUCAUGCAGAUCAAUUACGUGUUCUCGCAUGCUAGGAUCACGAAGCUGUGUGUGUAUACGUUCAAGUUCCAUGCGUUCAUUCAGAAUGCGGUGAACUGGUGACUAGAGCAAAUCUGGUGGAGCAUCUUGAAAAGUCGUGUCAAUUCAGAAUGGAAAAAUGUGACCACUGCCAGACACUUGUAGAGUUUGCAUUUUUGAAGGUAACAAUAACCCUCAUAAAAUUUGUUUUUUAUCCCUAAGUUGUCGUGAUUUGGGAUACGAUCCUUUUACUACGUUACUUUAAGCCUUAAAGUAUACUUUUACGUCUUCCUUUGCAACAAUAAAUUUCCUUGUUUUGAGAUAUAUAAUUCUUUGUUAUUAACGUCUUUAGGGACCACUCAUUUUUAAUUUCCCUUUUUUCUCACUCUUGUUGACUUUUUGCACAUUUCUUCAUUCCUCUAACCCGCUAACAACACAGAUCACCAGAAAUCGGUGCCGGUAUUAAGUCUCAUAAACAAGAGAUCUUUUCUUCUUAAUUCAAUACCCAGCCAGCCUGGAUACUUUGUUCGCAGUGACGGCUCUAAACUAGUGACUAUUAAAAUUCAUUAUGCACAGGAUCACCAGGACUCUCAGUGUCCCUCCGUCUCUGUGGCUUGCACAGAAUGUGGAAGAAAGGACAUUCCUCGUUCUCAGGUGAGCAAACUGAUGUUCACGAGCACUUUCUGCCCGUCAAACCAACCGAAAACCCGACAAAACCAAAAACGGUGCACUUGAAUGCUGUACCUGAGUCUAAAUUCAUUCUCUUUCUUGCUUCGAUAGGUCUUUUUUCCCUGGUACUCUGUAUUAGCAAGCUCCAGCUCGAAAAAAAAUCCAAAUACCAAUUUGAUUUGCAUGGAACGCAAGCACUUGUAUAAACGAUUUCUUAACGGCUAGCUCCUAGAUGUUUCGAGGGUGACAAAUUUAAAAAUUCACAUUUUACAUUGACUAUACAUAUACUUAUAGUUAUAAUGAAAAAAAAAAAAAAACGUUCGAGAUUUAACUUCGGUAGCUAUAUUUAUUACAUCAGAUGCCUGCCCAUAUUGAUCCGGUAAAUGGAGACUGAGGAAAUACAAUCAAGUUGUCCCUGGGCACAAAUUGGAUGCCCUGUGACAAAGGUAUGCAAAUACUUAAGAUUACUUACGCAAACAGCAAUCAUUUGGUAAUCUGUGGGUGGGUUACGUGUUUAUGAACGCUUCUCAGCAUUAAUACACUAUGUCGUUUUCGUUUUCUUUAGACUAUGAAGCUGCAAGAACGAAGGAAGCAUAAAGAGGAAAAUGCUUCCGGUCACUUGAUGCUCCUAUUUCAGACCGUAAUGCAGCUCUUCUCGAUGGUGCGGGAAUCUGGUCUUGUGUCAAUGAAUAGCGUAAAUCUACCAAAACAGAAAGAUUUGGAACGCCAUGCUAAACAAGUUGAGAAUAUACUGAAAAAAAAUGAAGAACUAAAAUCAAAACUGGUUCAACAAGAAGAAAGAAUACGGCAACUGGAAAGUUCUAGACAGAAUAGCUCAAACUCAGCAUCAGCAUUUGAUCCAACGUUUGUCAAGGAGCUUUUACAGAGGUUAACUACAGAAGAAGGAAAGACGGCCAAUCUUGAACUUUUGCUCGUUGAAGCAAACAGAUUAAAUGAAGAACUACAGAGAAAAGUGUCUACCGUAGCCAGGCAACAGGAGUCUUCGAGUGGAACAACCGAUCGACUACAGAGACAGUUCGAGUCCAUGAGUCACUCACUAGCACUUCGUAAUGUUAUGCUGACAGAUUUGGACGAAUACGUGAGGCAGCAGGAAGNAAUGAGUUAUGGUAGUCCGAGUCGUGUAUGUUCACCUAGAUGAGUUAGUAUAUUUUAUUUUAUCAAUUGAACUUGUAAGUGCUACUUAAGUUAAUAAUUUAACAGAGUUCAGUAAGUAAAACUGUGGGGAUGAGAAAACGACACGAAAUGUCACGUUUGAAUGGAUUUUUGAUACACCAAAAAGCUUUUCUUAACUGAGAAAAGAAUAUUGGAUCGAUGGUAAGAAUAAUUUAAUUGUAAUUGUGAGAUUUUUUUUAUUAAAACAAGUCAUGCGAGGCCGGGUCUAAGUUGUUCUGCAAUGUAAACAUGCCUAAGGGAUUGAAGAACUUUUUAAAAAUUGAAAUGAUUAAUUAUGCUUCAUGUUCCUUUACAUAAUUACGAGAGUUAUUGAUGUUGGCGGAGUCUCGAGAAAUACUGUUGCUAUACUAGUUCGAAGGUCUUUGUUUUAGCAAUUAAAAAAAAUAAUAAUAAAAAAAAUUGACCGUAGGGAAAUUUAUCUACAAAAAUGGAAAAUUAAAUUUCACCGUUCUGAAUUUCUCACAAGAACAGGUGUUCAUCAUUCAAUGUGUUAUGGCAAUAUUGUGACCAUGACAUCAUCACAUAAGCACUCCAAGCAGAUGUUGUACAUAGUAUAUGUUCGAGUAGAACAGCUUUUAGUUAAUAUGUGACAUUUGCAUAGAGUCCGUCCGGAAUCCUGCCCUGGCAGCUGAGCAAGAUGGCACCUGGCAUAGAAGUAAUAUCACUUAUUAAAAAUUUAGGAAUAAAAUUGAGUAAACUAUUUUUAAAAAGUAAAACAAACUAAAAGACACAUUUUCCGAAAAAAAGGUUGACUUGUGAAGAAAAUACCCAUCCGAGUUUCAGUAAAUCUUAGUCGGAAGCUCACUCUGACUAUAAACCAAGAGUUUUUUUAACUUGAUAUUGCUUGAAUCGCAAAAGUUAUCAGAUUUAAAGGUUUCAAUUCCUACUUUGUUGUUAAAAGCAAAUCAUAAGAAUAAAUUAGGGACGCUCACUACACUGAGGACGAAAGAACGAAGCAAAAAACAUCUUUACAGAGGCCAGUUUACCUUUUCCCAACUCAGCUGAUGUUAAAUGGUGUCAAAUGUACAUGUCUAACUUAAUCCAAACCUAUUUUACUUUUUCCUUUUGGUUUUUUCUUGGACUUUUUGACAACGUUAGUGCAAUUAGGUUUAUGUUGUCACUGGUAAAAUACCACAACUGUUUUAUUACAAUCUUUCUAAAGGAGAAAACAGGAAAGACUUCCCUAUACAAACACUACUUGCAGUUAAGACAUGCUCAUAGAUCCUUCCUUUUAUGUAGUAAAAAAAAAAAAAAAACUGCAUGCGCCUCCUAAAUCGACGAUCCCUCAUUAAAUAUCAGUCCCCCGAAGGAACUGACGAGAGCCGGCUUUUAUUUAAAGUCAAUCAUAAAAAGAAUUAAUUAAUCUUGUACUUACUCCGAGACACCGUCGUUCAUCAUGUUGCACUGGGAGACGCCGACGCUCGAACCUUCUUGGUAUUCCUUCUUCUGCAUUGCUCCUUCUAUCCCCUUCAAUUUCCAGUCUCUGUGCUCUGUUUACUCUUUGUUGUUCUUCCCUUGUCGCGCUCUCUACGAGGAAAGCUCUGUGCUCACGGCAGGUUGCUGUAAGAGCCAAGUACAUUUUGAAAACACAGAGCAGUACGAUCAGCAUCACGAUAAAUACAAGAAGAGAAACAAACAUCGCUAGUGGGUGCCCUACAUUCUGUCCCUUGUCGGAGUUAAACGAUCAUGCCUACGUCCGAGACGAUACUAUGUUUCUGAAGGUCAUAGUCGAUACGACGGAUUUAUAA